CAUUUACUAUAAAAAUGUCCUAAAAGUCUUGUUUCGUCGUCAACUCAUCCGAUUUAAUACUACUCCUCUUUUCCUCUCUUCUCCUCGGCCUUUCUUCCCUUUCGCUUCACAUUAAACAAAAGACACGAAAAUACUCAAUGGGGGUCUUCCUUGAUGGAGAGUGGGAAUCAAUUUGCAAACUCUUCACAGUGGACGACUCCCCUGCAGAUCUCACUGCUAAUUUUCUCGAAUACUUUUCUCCUACAACUGAGCAGGAUCAUAAUCUCAAUUAUGCACCACCAUUAAGCUUUUCUCACGAAUGUAAUUAUAUUCUUCCUCAUAUAGAUAAAAAUUCUUAUUCUUCUUUACAUAAUUUCCUAGAAACAACAACUCAUACUCAUUCUCAUAGUUGUAGUGAUGAUUUGGCUAUAUCCUCUGACAUCUUAUCCUGCAUUGAUUUCUCAAUGAUUCACGAUGGCUCAUUGAGCCCGUUGUUUCUUCGUGAUACAGAAACUAACACCACUACAUUUAACAAUAAUAAUAAUAAUAAUAAUAAUAAGUCUGUUAAUAUGACAUUACCUAACACGGAGCUGAAUCUCAAGAGAAAGCGCCAGGCACCUGUCCUUGAAGACGACGAGGAAGAAAGAAAGAGGUUGGUUGAAACACCAAUGAAGAAUGCUCGAGUUUCAUAUACUAGUGCAAAAAAGAGGAAAACGCAACAAAAGUGUGCUGAAGACAUCACUCCAACUGUAAAUACCAAGGAGAAUGAUGAUAUUCCGGAUUCAAAUUCAGAUGACUCUAAUAACCUCGAGGAAAUUAAUGAAACAGAAGAUUCAACUUCCAAUAUUAGUGUAUCAACUACCUCGACUGGUAAAAAAAGAGCCUGCAGGGGUGCUGCAACUGAUCCUCAGAGCCUCUACGCAAGGAAAAGGAGGAUGAGAAUCAAUGAAAGAUUAAGAAUUUUGCAGAACCUUGUACCUAAUGGAACCAAGGUGGAUAUUAGUACUAUGCUUGAAGAAGCAUUUCAUUAUGUAAAGUUUUUGCAGCUCCAAAUCCGGCUCUUGAGCUCUGAUGAUUUCUGGAUGUAUGCUCCCCUUGCUUACAACGGACUAGACGUUGGAGCUUAUGGAAAUAUGCCUCCUUUCCUUGGGAUGUGAAACACUAGUAUUUCUUGUUUUGGCUAUUGUAUGUAUAAGGUCAAUUAUAUAGUAGGUUAAGAACGAGGGAAGAAACACCCCCUGCAGAAAAAUCAAAUACCAAACAAAACGAACGUGUGGUUAAUCUCCAAGGAUCUCUUAGCUAUGCAAAUAGUUAGUUCACAUAGUGCUCAAUCAAAUUUGUUCAAAUGCAAUUGCACAAUGUUGAAGCAUAUUAAGUAUCUUCAUGUUGUGAUUUACAAUAUCUUGUUUCAAAGAAACGAUAAUGUAAUUCGUAUGCAAUACAAUCAUGUAAUUUACUA